ACAGUGGCUUUGUCCAAGUGAUGGAGAAGAUGCUAAUAUAGUCACAAGUGCUCGUUGGAAAACAAUGCAUUGUCCUCUGUCAAUUACCUUUUAGUCAAUCGCAAUUAUCAAGUAACCUCUACUAUCUGCAGGAUGCGUUACAGUCAGACAGUUCGCACUUGGGCGACACGCGCCACACGAUCGAACACCCGAAUUGAAUUAAACCCACGUUUAUCCAACUAUACCCAACUUGUACUCGAUGGUGGUAGGCAAUCAAUUCGUUGUUUGUCCGUGCAGACACCAUGUAGCAGAGUAAAGAGUUGCGUGGGCAAGUCUAUAUGCUGUUCUGAGUAUACUGGUACACAGUUUUAUAGUCUACUCAGAAGAAGCUUACAUACACAAGCAAAACGGAGUUGUGAAGGUGGGGCCCCAAUGUGCGAGUUUAGAGGUACUACAGUGCAUGCACACACAUUGAGGAUUGUAAAAGCUAGUAUCAGGACAGCUGUACCUAGAUUACAUGCACACAGCACUCCAACGCCUAAUGCAACGGCACAGGGGAAGGCCACAGUAGAGGAGAUCAUGUCUGUAGAUACACCUCUGGAACGGUUUAACUUGACGGAUACGUUGACUGUAAAACGACGCGUGACGAAGCGAAGGAAGAUGCUAGCUCAGAAAGGUAGUGGCAUAACUGAGACAAAUUUACGUAGUAGGGAUAUAAAUGGUGAUAAUAUGCCACUUCAAGCGGGAAAAACUGUUGAGGAAUUGGGAAGCAGCCCCUCAGAGGUAGAAUAUAUACUACAGAAGCCGAAGAGCAAGAGGGGUGCGGCCACUCCAACAACAACUGAGCAGACACAAAGCGCAACCAUACAAGCACUUGAAUCAAAAGAAUUGGAGAGUGGCUUAAUAGCAACUGAAGAACUCAAGAAGGAUACCGUCCGUACCACAGAACUCAAAAAGCAAUGGGAUUCCUUUAGAGCACAAUAUCCUGGCCAUUUAUUACUCUAUCAGUGUGGUGAUUUCUACGAGAUCUAUGAUGAAGAUGCAGACCUGGUAGAGACCCUUACUAACCUCAAGGUGACCGAGAAGAACUCCACCGGGUUUAAGCGUAUGGCUGGAUUCCCCUUGCGCGUCGUACACGACUGGGUUGCGCGACUGCUGCAGUGUGGUGUGGGGAAGAUCGCUGUGGUAGAGCAGGUGCAGCCUCCCACUGACUCCACUAACCGUUCAGAUGUCGAGGGCGAGAAACGCGCACCCCACGGAUUGGCUGGAGGGGUAAUUGAGGGCAGUUUCGGCGCGAAAACCAAGAUUCUGCCGCGUCAAGUGGUGCGCGUGUACACACCCGGCACUCUGUACGACACCAACGAGGCCGGGGGAAGGCAUCUCGUGAGUUUGGCUGUAAUUGGUUCAGAUAGUGGACAGUCUCCGCACAACCACGAGAAUGGGGAUGCUACCUACACACACCAGGGAGUGAGCAACAGCUAUGGCUCAGCUCGACACGGCGGUGACUUUAAUAUCAAUGGGGACGGGGAGGUCAAAUUUGGUGUGUGCUACGUUGACCUGGAGACCAGUGAGUUGCACGUGUCGAGUAGUGCCGACGUAGACCACUUGGACGAAGUACUCAGUCGACUCAAUGUGGCUGAAGUGCUGCUGACACAGGAGGCGAGCGAGUACAUUGGGAGACACUACCCGUCACUGGCAACCAGGGAGAGCGUGUGCCAUACAGUCCUGGAAAAAACUUGGUUUGCGGACACGCGCGCGACGGUUUUUGAUGCUUUCGCGGCCCUGCACCGGGGUGUCCGGGCUGAGGUCGAAGAGGGCAAGGCAGAUGCACCAGUCCUUAAGGAGGGCAUUCCCAUCGAAAGCGAAGAGAACGCUAGCGAGAAAGUACCAAAAGUUGGGGGAAGUGUACGGGAGCUGCUGGGAAUGAGUGGGGCACGCGCUGUCAGUGACACCACAUCGACUCAAGCACAGUCACACGCACACGCACACGCACACAGCCAGACUGGCGCACACCCGAGCGCGCGCGACACUCGGGACAGUGCGGCACUCGAUAGGCGCCAUGUGAAUGAUAUGGAAUUGAUGGCCAUGAGUGCACUCCUGCGGUACAUUGCACACACACAUCCGGGCGAUAAGCCACGCCUACAGUGGCCGUCGCGACACACCGUCAGCCAUCACAUGGUCAUGGACUCAGACACCCGCAAGGCCCUGGAAUUGGUCACCUCCAACGCGCUGUUGCAAUGUGAUGACGGGUUUGCCAAACAUACUAACCGCCUCAGCACCGGUGUGGGUUCCGGUACCCUGUACUCGGUUCUCAACCGCUGCAAGACUUACGGCGGUAGACGCUUGCUGCGCGCCCGCAUAGUGUCGCCUUCGACGGAUGUCGGGAUCAUUAAUCAGUACCUGUCCAGCGUGGCUGUGCUCAAGGGUCUCCCCAAUACCAACAACCGGCUGAGGCGCAUCAUGAAGGAGUGUACAGAUAUGGAGCGCACACUGCAGCACAUCAACAUCCGCAAGGUGGACUGGCCCGCGCUGAGGUAUGCGGAAUAA